AUGAUUUCUAUUGCGAACGAAUUGUCAAAGUAUGGUCAUAAUAACUAUUUUAUACUAAACAAAAAACUCACUAAAACUUUCCAAAACGAACAGAACAUAAAUAUACUUCCAAUGGAUGAGAUCCCAGAAAUUGAAGAAAUUCGCACUGGUUCAGAGAAACAAGAAACAAGAAGAUUAUACAUGAUGAAAAACGCCUUAACUUUAUUCCCUGUAGUGUGCGAGAGAAUGUUAACGGAUGAAAAAUGGAUAGAAUCAUUGCGAGCCGUCAAUGCCAGUUUAGCUGUGAUCAAUGGAAUAUUCAUAACAAAUUGUCUUACAACAAUUGCCUAUGAAUUAUCAAUUCCGUUUGUUCUCACGGCAUCUGAGAUAUUUCCUAGUCUUCAUCGUAUUCCAUGGAACCCCAGUGUUUUUCCAAGCAGCUUCUUCUCAUCCUCCGAUAAGAUGACAUAUUCGGAAAAGUUAAUAAGUACUUUGGCUGCUAUUGUAGACUACACUAUUCCUCCUAUUGGAGCGCCUAUACACAGUGUCAAAACAUACGCUAAAGACAAACCUGAUAUUUCAUUCACAGAUUUACUACAUCAGGCACAGUUUUUUCUUAUUGAAAAAGAUGUACUUCUAGAUUAUCCACUACCACAACUUCCAAAUGUAAGAUACGUUGGUGGUCUGGCUACAAAACGCUCAUUGCCUUUGAAGGGAGAAUUAGUGAAAUUCAUAAAUGCGUCUAAGAAUGGAAUAGUCGUGGUGUCAUUUGGCAGUAAUAUCAAUGAUUUCCCUGCUGUUCAAUUAAAGAAACUACAAAGUGCAUUGAAACAAAUAAAAUAUGAUGUUGUGUGGAGACAGAAGAAAACAUCAUUUUCUCAUAAGAAUAUUUAUAUCAGUGAUUGGGUACCACAAAAUGAUCUGCUUGGCCAUCCUAAAACAAAAUUAUUUGUUACUCAUUGUGGAAAUAGCGGUCAGUUUGAAGCUUUGUUCCAUGGUGUACCAAUGCUGGGAAUACCUAUAUUUGCAGACCAAUUUUAUAACUCUCGCAGAAUGACCGAGAAAGGAUACGGAUUGUCUCUAGAUAUAGAGAACUUCACUCCGGAGGAAUUAAUAGAGAAAAUAAAUGAACUAAUUGAAAAUAAAACAUAUUCUGAGAAAAUUAAAAGAGCUAGUGAAAUAUUUCAUUCUCGGCCCGAAUAUCCAGCGAAGAAAUCAGCCCGCCAUAUUGAUCACAUCUUGAAAUAUGGUGGAGAAUAUCUAAAAUCUCCAUGUCAAGAGAGUCGAUUAAUUCUGAAGAAUGAGAAAUGUAUCGAAUCACUGCGAGCGGUUAAUGCCAGUUUAGCUGUUAUUAAUGGACUAUUGGCAGCAAAUUGUCUUACAAUAAUAGCAUAUCAGUUGUCAGAUAUAGAGAACUUUACCCCAGAGAAACUAAUAGAGAAAAUAAAUGAACUGACUGAAACUAAAAGAUUCUUAGAAAAUUAA